GGGGGCUGAUUUGGUCUCAAACAGGACGGGGUAAUAGAAUCCAGGUGAUGGUGUGGCCGUGGGAUGUCGGAGUUUCACUGUUGACUAAUCGUUUUGAAAUUCCACCAACCAUUUUUGUCUGCAAAAUAUCUUGGUUACCCAAAUGAAGAACACAAAACUCCUUCGCGCUUCCGCCAGAAUCAGCUAACAAAAGAGCAUCAUUGUUGGGUGUGUGAAGUUCGAAAACAUGGACAUGACGGAGGAAGAGUUGGCGUGUAGGAAGAAGGUGAUGAUCGCCAUUGAUGAAAGCGAGUGUAGUCACUACGCGCUCAAGUGGGUACUUGACAAUCUUCAUGAUUCUCUCUCCACGUCGUCGCUCAUCAUCUUCACAGUUCAGUCAAUAGCUGAUUUUUCUUACCUCCCUGCGGCAUCGCCCGGUUCUGCUCGCAUGUUCUGUCCUCCUUCUACCAAUAUAGAAUUGAUUAAAUCCGUCCAAGAACAUCAAAAGAAGGUUGCUUUGGCUCUCUUGGAAAAGGCUAAAGGCAUCUGUGCUAGCCAAGGGGUAAUUGCAGAGACAAUUACAGAAGUUGGUGAUCCUAAAGAGGCCAUAUGUCAUGCAGUGGAUAAUCUCAACAUCGAUCUACUUAUUUUAGGUAGCCAUGGACGGGGAGCUCUCAAAAGGGCAGUCCUAGGGAGUGUGAGCAACUAUUGUGUUCAUAAUUCUAAAUGCCCGGUUCUUGUAGUGAAGAAACAAGGGAAUAAAGUUUGAUUCCAUUACCCACUUAAAAUGAUUUGGUAAAAAUAUCUAUAGUCCCUGUGCAUGUGUUGUUUGAUGUAGUUGACAUUGUAAUAAAUCUAAAGAAAAAGACAGAAGCUAAGACUUUAUGAAUGGAGUAAGUGAAGUCCAUUUGAAUUUGACUGUUAAAUAUUUUUUGUUU